GCUUGAGGGUUAGAAUGAGUAGGGAGAGCUAGCCCGUAGUUGCAAACGGAAUUUCUUUGUCACUAUCUCUGAAGCCAUCUGCAGAGCACUCCAUUGUUUCCGUGCGCUCUCGGGUCUCCACCUUAAUUCUAUUCGCUUCAAUCGUCUGGAUUCUGCUUCGAUAGCUUGUCCGCUCUCAAAUAAAUCUACCAUUUUAUUUUAUAUCUUCCAAAUAUACCUACCGUAUGCAGUGCAAACAUUACAAUCCAAGUUAAAUGGCUAUCGCGAACCUAGUCGCAUCCUCCCGCCAUGACUGGCGAUUCUCUAAGCGGUUAAUCCUCUCAUAUGUGCUCGACUGGAUAUUAAUCUUGGCGACCGCAGCCGCAGGCCGCAUUCUUAAGUUCGCGGAACCGAAUAGACACCCAUUUUCGCUUUCUGACCCAAGCAUAUCCUUUCCAUUUACCGUUGAUGAAUCAGUUACAGUUACAGUUUUGGUUCUCGUUAGCCUCGUCGUUCCCGCAGCUAUCAUUCUUCUGGUGUGCGUUUUCUUCAUCCAAGAGCUUACAGCAGAUAGAAAUGCGCCCAAGGCGCGAGUAUGGCAACGCAAAUUAUGGGAGUUGAAUGUUGGAUGGAUGGGGCUAGGCAUCGCUUGUGCUGGGUCGUAUGUGUCUACAGAGGCGAUUAAACUCAUAUAUGGAAAACCACGGCCGGAUCUGCUUAGUCGCUGUAUGCCAAAUCUUUCUGAUAUUUCAAGUCAUGUAGUUGGAGGUCAGGGGCAAGUUAUUGACGGUGCCCCGAUUCUGGUCUCGUAUACAAUCUGCCAGGAGACCUCGGAAAAACUCACCAGAGAGGGCUUCGUUAGCUUUCCUAGUGGACACUCCUCCUUGUCUUUCGCAUGCCUAACCUACCUGUCUCUCUGGCUUUGCGCAAAAUUCUCCAUCUCAAUUCCCUACCUCGCCCCAAGGCACUAUACCCAAGAUACCAGUACCCAACAAACUGCUCGCUUAGCAAACACACACACAUCCAUCAAAAGCGAACAUGACGGCGAACCAACCCACUCUGACGCAAACCUCAUUCCGAUCAGAAAGCAAUCCGCCGCCCCGCCAAUUUACCUCCUUAUCAUCGUCGCCGCACCCAUCGCCACCGCAACCUACAUAGCCUCCAGCCGCUGGGCUGACAACCGCCAUGCCGGCUUUGACGUCCUCGGCGGCAGCCUGCUUGGUAUUUUCUUCGCCUUCUUGGGGUUCCGCUGGUAUCACCCACCGCUGAGUGCUGGCGGUGCCGGCUGGGCUUGGGGCGCGCGUGCUCCUGAGAAAGCAUUCUUUGCUGGAAUUGGGGUUAAUGGGUAUGUCAAGCAUGAGGGACUGGAAAACGGCCGGACUUCUUCAUUGAGUCCGAGUAGCUUGCGCAGGAUAGCGCAAAGCGGAGAUAAUAAUGUCUGAGAGCAGUAUGUGGACCGGUUGAUUUUAUGUUUCCUUUAUUAUGACCUUGUAUAGAUUGGUUGGCUGUGUCGUGUGGAUGGUGUCAGGGUGUUUUCCAUGGAUUGGGGAGUGAUAUAUUUCGGCGAUCCGCUCUUUGUUUCAAAUACUUCGCAUGUUUUUGUUGAUUUACUACAGAUUAGAAACUGUGGCAUAUGAAUAAACUUAGAAUUUUUUUUCC